UAUAAAAAACCACACACUUGAAGAACCAAACCAAACCAAACCUCGACCCGCCAUAACCGCCGACACUUCCCGUUAUGGCAUCACCACAAAACACCCUCACCCUCUUCCUCCUCCUCCCCCUUCUAACCACCAUCACCGUCGCUACAUUACCCGUAAAACCCACCACCCAACUCAAUUCCAACUCCAUCUUAAUCGCACUACUCGAUUCCCGUUACACCGAAGUAUCAGAGCUAGUAGAAAAGGCACUAUUAUUACAAACACUAGAACAAGCAGUCACCAUUCACAACAUUACCAUUUUUGCACCAACAAAUGAAGCUCUUGAACAUGACCUUGACCCAACGUUUAAACAGUUUCUUCUAGAACCUCGGAAUCUCCGAUCACUCCAGUCACUGUUGCUCCACCACAUCGUACCAACCCGAGUUGGUGUCUCACUCUGGCCCAACGAAAACACAAUUCACAAUACGUUAUCAGAUGAUCGGUUACAUCUUUCCGGUUCAGAAACCGUUAAGUUUGUUAACUCUGCUGAGGUUGUCGUUGCGAACGAUGUGGUUCGCAACGACGGGAUUAUUCAUGGGAUUGGGAGGAUUUUGAUUCCGAAAUCCGUACAACAGGAGUUUAAUAAACGUAGGAGUUUACGUGUUAUUUCUGCGGUUAAACCUCAGGGAGCACCGGAGGUGGAUCCCAGGACGAACCGGUUGAGGAGACCGGCUCCGCCAGUUCGUGUUGGUUCGGCCCCGGUUCUCCCGAUUUACUCGGCCAUGGCGCCUGGUCCGUCGUUGGCUCCGGCCCCGGCGCCUGGACCUGGAGGGCCUCACCACCAUUUUGAUGGUGAGAGUCAGGUCAAGGACUUCAUUCACACUUUGCUACAAUACGGAGGGUACAAUGAGAUGGCGGACAUUUUAGUUAACUUGACGAAUUUAGCUACCGAGAUGGGGAAAUUGGUUUCGGAAGGUUACGUGUUGACGGUGCUUGCACCGAACGACGAAGCCAUGGCAAAAUUAACGACCGAUCAAUUGGCUGAGCCCGGUGCACCAGAGAAGAUUAUGUACUACCAUAUUGUACCGGAGUACCAAACCGAAGAGAGCAUGUACAAUGCGGUUAGAAGAUUCGGUAAGAUUCAGUAUGACACGCUUCACAUGCCGCAUAAGGUCGUGGCUCAGGAAGCCGAUGGGUCAGUAAAGUUUGGCGAUGGUGAAGAUACAGCGUAUUUAUUCGAUCCGGAUAUAUACAUCGAUGGAAGAAUAUCGGUUCAGGGGAUUGACGGAGUUUUAUUCCCGUCUUCGGUGGACAAAAAUUCAAAGGCCACAGAGAAUGAAAAAACGGUUGAUUCAGUGCCCAAACUUCGUAGAGGUAAGUUGCGCGAGGUAGCAUGCGGAGUGCUAGCGAGCAUCGGGCAAGAUGCAACGUUCACCGCAUGCCAUCAUAUUUGAUCAUCCAAAACUUCAUAUGAAACAAAAGGGGAUUGUGUAAAGACGUAAAUACCCUGCACUAAGUAAAUAUUGGCAAAAUAAGGAGAAGAGGUUUGAAAAAGAUUGGAUUUUGGGGUGUUGUUUUGGUAUGUAAAUGUAGUUGGAAGAAAGGGUAAAAAUGUAAUUUAAGUGGGGUACUAAAUCAGAUUUUUUUGAGAGGUACAUUGGUGGCAGAAGAGAUGGUGAGUUAUUGUGUGUGUACUGUGUAGGUUGGUCAAGGAACAGCCUAGCACUUGUAAGUUGCAACUUGCAAAAGAAUCACCACCCACAAGUUUUAUUUUAAGUGGUAACAUAGUAAUUUGUUCAAUUUAAAUUUGGAAUAAUAGAUUUUAAUAAUCUCAAUUAUUGUUCA